GCAAGGUGUACUUUUCCUGUCGUUACGAUAGCAAGGACACACUGACACGCUCUAAAUCAAGCUGCAUGGUGCAUGGUUAACGACUCCACAAUGUGAAAAAUAUAUGUAUGAUGGUGAGAAUCAGACAUUACACAAAUUGAAUAAAAAAAAUUAUCACAAGAUCGCGCGCGGCACAGUGCCUCCCAGCAGUUUCCUCCCACAGUCCAAAAACAUGGAAACCAGCUCUAAAUUGAUCUGGUGUAUAUGUGUAAGUGUGUGGUAUGUAUGUAAAUGGAUAAAUGCUGUAGUGCCCGAUGCAGUCCUCCAGGUGGACGGUUGUUUCCGGUUGAGAAUACGCUGUGCGCUAUUGGCUGCCGCUUCUCAUCGGUGUGUGGAUGAGUGUUGAGUAUAAAUGGUUGGGUGUAAAACGUGUAAAUUGUAAAGCGUCCUUGGAUUUCUAGAAAGGCAAUAUAUAUAUACUGUAAAUUGACCUUAACAGUGUGAAUUUAACCCUAUAGAUUUUACAGUAAAACUGUGUACAGUAUGACUGAUUGGGAAGAUCAGUAGGAGUGUAUUUUUAGUCUCCAGUGCAGGUGGUUCUGUAGUGAAUGAACUAUAAUAAGAAGUGAAGUAUAAUAGUCUGCUUAUAAUAGUCUGAACUCUUUGUUAUUGUCCCUGUCGUUCCACAGUCUGAACACGGCUCUAUUAUCUUCCUCAUAUUUGGAAUAUGAUGCACUCAUAUUGCAGCGUGCAGUAUUGGAGGGUGUAGCCGGACUGGUCCGGCGGGUCUGGGCGAGGAAACGCUUGAACUAUUUCUGGAACGUUCCUUUACAGUCGGCGAGCUGAGAAGCUGAGAACCUGAGCCAGGUGAGAGAAACAGUGAGCAGCUGGAGCUCGGAGGCGGGAACCCACAUCAGAGAUGGGAAAUGGAUAAAGUGUCACUUGCCUUCGCUUCGCCAAGACUGGAUCCCUAAAAUGGAUUUUCCGUAGGACAUUGAACUUCACCCCGGUUUGGAAUUUUGGAACUGAGAUUGGAACUUAAUUGUUAUUAAUAAUAAGGUACUUAUUGGAUGUCUAGAAGAAAUCAUAGCUCUGGAAGACAGCUGAACUUUGACGUCCACUGGGCCAGCAUGCAGGAUGACUUGCACGAGUGCCUGGAAAUGGGUGGGGUCUCAAAGGGGGAGGGGCCAAUGGAACCUUUUAAGCAUUGGCAGGGGGGUGGGAUUGUCAAUAAAGGCUUCAUGGGGUCAAUGGACUUAACAGUUGAAGCAAACUGCAAUAAUGAGGACGACCUCAAGUGUAGCAACCAUGAAGAUUCUCAAAAAGACAGCAAUUACACAAAGAGAGACAAUAACCAAUCGCAAAACGAUGCCCACAUCCUGCCCUAUGAUGGCAAAAGCCCUGACAAAGACAUUAAAACAACGUCUAGCACUGAUAACAGCACACACACUGCCAAAGAGAAGUCCAAUGGUGACUGCAGGAGCGUGCUUUCACCCGAACAGCACAACGUCGAACUCGGCGUCGCCAAAAAGAAAAGCACGGCAGAACCUCGUAAAGCACACAUAUCCUUUAGAGCAUCCAGUACAUCCCAAAAAAACCCUGAACGCACUGCAGUACAAAGCACUGAAACCUGUAGCUCAAGCACGGACUCUUUAAAUGCACUUUCAGGCUCUUUCAGGAAAGUUAAUGUCACCGAUUUUCGGCCUUCAGAGGGUUUCAGAGUUCACAGCUCUGAGCUGCAGCGAGGAGUCAAGAUUCGAGAUGCCCCUGAGGACGGGAGCGGGGGACCCCGCCGCAGCGCCGCUGAAGGCAUGUGCUGCUGCUACCGGGCGAUACGGUUAGCGUGCCUACGGUGCCUGGAGGAGACGUCUUAUGUGGUUCCGGCCCUGGUGUUGAUCAUCAUGUUCUGUGUGACCAUCAUUGUCGUCAUUCCCGCCACCGGGAGGAGUAUCAGUGAUCACGUGGGCGCGCUGGCGGUGGUGAGCGUGGUGCUGUGUCUGUGUGUGCCGCUGUUGUUCAGUCUACCCUGUCUGCCCGCUCUCCGGCGCUGUGAACUGAUGCUUUCUCUCUCCAUCUGGUUUGCUCUCUUCAUCAUUGCCAUCGUCUUCAUCUUCACUGGCGGAAUAAUCACCGCCUGGGAGCAGGUGGCCUUCUUCCUCUUUCUCUCUCUAUCCGUCUACACCAUCCUGCCCCUCACUCUCUCCUGGGCUCUGAUCUUUGGCAUCGGGGCCAGUGUGUCCCACAUAAUCAUCAUCAGUGUGUACGUGUCCAUCACCAGCCCCGGUACACGAGACCUGGCUGUGCAGCUGGUGGCUAACACGGUGUUGUUGGUGUGUGUGAACUGUGUGGGCUUCUUCCACCUCUGGCUGACGGAGCACGGCCGCAGGAAGUCCACCAAGAGCCGAGAGACCUUCGGCUACAACCGCUCCAAACGAGCCAAGCAGAAACGGGACCAGGAGCACCUCCUGCUGUCUGUGCUGCCGCGCUACAUCGCUAUGGAGCUGAAAGGGGAGGUGGUGAAGAGGCUGUCGGAAGUGACCGGAACUGAUAACACACCUAACUUCCACAGCUUAUACAUCAAACAGCACAGAGACGUCAGCAUUCUCUAUGCAGACAUUGUGGGCUUCACCAGUCUGGCCAGUACCUGCACUCCUGAGGAGCUUGUCGCCGUCCUCAACAAGCUGUUCGGCAAGUUUGACGAUAUCGCCAAGGAGAACAAGUGUUUGAGGAUAAAGAUUCUGGGUGACUGCUACUACUGUGUAUCUGGCCUUCCCGAUCCCAGUGCUGACCAUGCAUGCAACUGUGUGCAGAUGGGUCUGGACAUGUGCACGGCUAUAAAUAAGCUCCGGGAGGCAACAGGAGUGGACAUCAGUAUGAGAGUGGGCGUGCACUCCGGAAAUGUCCUUUGCGGAGUGAUUGGCUCGCUGAAGUGGCAGUAUGAUGUGUGGUCAAAUGACGUGACGCUAGCCAAUCGCAUGGAAUCUGGAGGUCUGCCUGGGAGGGUCCACAUCACAGAAGAGACAUAUAAACACCUGCGUGGGACAUUUAAAGUUGAGGAAGGAAACGGAGCCAGUCGGGAUUCGGCUCUACAGGGAAGGAGAACCUUCCUCGUGAUUGAUCCUCUGAACAUAACUGAGCACAAGACUAAGGAACUCAAGAGUGGCAGUGGGCGUGAAAAGGGGCGGGCCUCUGUGAGGAUGUCUCAGUAUAUGUUGAACUGGCACAGCGUCAAACCCUUCUCAGAGCUCAACCAACCAGAGGACCCGAUCGCAGCCGCGCCUACUCAAACCAACAACACCAUCCAAUCACAGCUGGUCCUGGAGUCAGAACCCCACCUGGAGAACAGGCCCAGACAAGGAUCACAAUAUGGAUCAACACAGACGCUGGAACCUCUGGAUGUUGCAGGGCCAAAAACGAAGAAGCUGAACUGGUUGACUUUAUUAUUCAAUGAUGUAAAUGUGGAGAAACAGUAUCGUCUGAGAGAGGUGCACGGUAUCCAUCAGUCAGUGGCGUGUCUGGCGCUCAUUUUCAUCGCUGUGUUCGUCGUACAGAUGCUGACUUCACAAAAGAAUCUGGCUCUGGCAGUUUCAUAUGGAGCCACUUUUCCUGUGCAGCUUCUGAUUCUCCUGGUGGUCAGCACAGAGUUCCUGAAGAAAUGGAACUCUAAGAUGCCAGGCCCUGUGCAGUGGGUAUCAUUGGUGUCGCAGGGCGUGGCCACCAGGGCGGCGCUCCGACUGCUGCUGGUCUUCACCUGCCUGCUCAUUACUCUGCUUAUGGCUAUACUCAACAUAGUAUUUAUUCCAGGCGAUAACUGCCUAAACAUCUCUGCCAACUCCACCUCCAACUCCACCAUCAACUCCACCUCCAACUCCACCUCCAACUCCACCACCAACUCCACCGCCAACUCCACCACACUGGAGAACCUGAACCUUUAUACAGUACCGUAUUACCUGUACUGCUGUUUACUGGCGAUGCUGGGAGUGGUGGUGUUUGUCAGAGUGAAUUUUGUGGUGAAGUUCUUCCUCCUCACUCUGGCUGUGGUGGUCUACCUCGCCCUCUUCCUGGAGGUUUACAGCAUUCGCUCUGACUGCCUCGUACUGCAGCUGUACCCCAACUACAGCAGGCCUGGAGUUCUGAAGGAGCCGAAGGUGAUGGCAGGAAUCUGGCUCAUUAUUUUCUACCUGGUGUCUCUGAUUCUUGCACGGCAGGAUGAGCUGCGGUGUCGUGUGGAGUUUCUUCUAGAGAAGUGUUUUCAGAAAGAGCGUGACGAGAUGGAGACGACAGAAAGCGUCAACAGACUCCUCCUUCAGAACCUGCUGCCUCUCCACGUCACCAACUUCUUCAUCGGCAAAGACAUUCCCAAUCAGGACCUGUACAGCCAGUCGUGUAAGAGUGUGUGUGUGAUGUUCGCCUCGGUGCCGGAGUUUAAGGAUUUCUAUUGUGAGUCAAAUGUGAACGGAGAUGGUCUGGAGUGUUUACGCUUUCUGAACGAGAUCAUCACAGACUUUGAUGAGGUCCUCAACAAGCCCAAGUUCAACAUCAUUGAGAAAAUUAAAACCAUCGGUACCACCUACAUGGCUGCUGCUGGACUGACCAAUCCCAACACAGGGGUGGAGCGAAAGGACAGUGAAGCGUGUGAAAUUCACGUGCGCUGCAUGGUGGACUUCGCCAUAGCACUGAUGGGCAGACUGGACUACAUCAACCAGCAUGCCUUCAACAACUUCAAACUCCGGAUAGGAAUAAACCACGGCCCUGUGAUUGCUGGAGUGAUCGGAGCGCACAAACCUCAGUAUGAUAUCUGGGGGAACGCGGUGAACGUGGCCAGCAGGAUGGACAGCACUGGAGUUCUAGACAAAAUACAGGUGACUGAGGAAACUGCACAGGUAGCCGAGAGUGUGGGCUUUAACGUGACCAAACGAGGGGUAGUCACCGUAAAGGGGAAAGGAGAACUCAUCACUUACUUCAUCGUUACUGAGCCACAUAACUACACAUGAUCCAGAGCCUGACCUCAACAUAUGAACACUGAUUUAACCCAGAUUUAACCUGAAAAAUAUGGUCCUAAAACCACUGUAUCAAUAGUACUGUACCAGUCUUUAUUCAGAUUACUGCACUUUUUUGGGGUUUCCGUGAAUUUGACGUUUGGUCUUCAGUUCAUUAAUGCUGCGUUUUGUUUACUUCAUAAGCUGGAUUUCAGUGCUAGAAAUCAGAGGGACACCUGAGUUGAGGUCAUUCCUGUUAAACAUUACGAUAUUUCUACACUAUUUCAAAACAUUUCUGAAAAAAAAAUGGUUUUACAAUAAUUUACCAGUAAUUAAUAACAAAUUCAACCAAAACAUGUCCUCCGUUUAUGUCCUAGGUUAGCAUUAUUAGCAUUGUUUCCAGUUAGCACUGUUAGCAUUGUCUCAGGUUAGCAUUGUUAGUGAUACAAGUUAAUAUCAACACACUACACAUCAUUUUUGUGCAUCCAACCCCCAUGAAAUCAUGUGCUCAGACAGAUGUUGGACAGAAUUGUGUGAACGAUUUAGUUAAUGAGACAGUAAUGCUGUAUAAUAUACUGUAUAAAAAUAUUUAUUUUAGUACAGUUAAUGCUUCCAUCUUGGAUUAUGAACCAAGAAUUUGGGGAGGUUCUGACGAUUUUCCGUGGAGAAAAUCAGAUUUGUGGAAAAUUACAGUUAAAAAUUCUCACUUGAACUUGGAAACUCUGACGCCUGUGUUGAAAUGAAGCAUCAACUAUGGUUUUUCAUCCGUUAUAUAAGUGAAAGAAGAAUGAGAGUUCUAUUUAUCAGGUCUUGCUUGUUUACUUUUUGUACACACUCUGUGCCUCAACCUGUGUUCUCUCAAUAUCUGUAUAAAGAAGUGAAUUUUAGAAUAUCUAAUUUAUUGUCUGUUUUCAUAACUGCCUACAUGUAAAAUAUUUAUUUAUUAAACAUUAUUUUGUGAUCA